UAUGGCCCUUCAUGUGACGUCAGCGAGCAAAUCAUCCGACAUGGCGACAUCCGCUAUAAAGAACAGACCCUGAAACUGCCAGCCAUGGCAUCUCCAUCUUCCACACUAAUCCAGCAGUAAGCGUACUCAGGCAUCUCCAUCCUGUGCCUGUGACACUAGAGCAGGUCAUCCGAUUCUCCUCAUCUCCUGGUCCGUGAUGAUCCCGUUCGCGACGGUUGAGGCGGCCGAGGAGGCGCUCGGGAGAUCCAUGACCUGGGUGGAGGCGGCGUGGUUCCGGUACUCGGCGUCGACACCGGACUACUGCCUCUGCUUCCACAACUUCGUCAUCCUCUUCGCCUGCUACACGCUCACGCCGCUGCCCCUCGCCCUGCUCGAGCUCUGCGCGCCGGCAAAACUGACCACGCCCUACAAGCUUCAGCCCAGGGUGCGGCGCCGGCUGUCGCCGGUUGCCUUCCUCCGUUGCUACACGGACACAGCGCGCGUCUUGUUGCUCCUCACCAUGGGGCCCCUCCUGCUCAUCCCCUACCCUGUCGUUAAGAUCUCGGGGAUCAGGACAGGGCUGCCGCUUCCGUCGCCGGGGGAGGUGGCGGUGCAGCUCUUGGUGUACAUGCUCAUGGAAGACUACCUGGGCUACUGGUUCCACCGCUGUCUGCACAGCGAGUGGUUCUACGACAAGAUCCACUACGUCCACCACGAGUUCAGAGCUCCCAUGGGAUUCGCCGCGGCACACGCGCACUGGUCCGAGUCGCUCGUGCUGGGCUUCGCCGCCUUCGUUAGCAUAGUCCUCGUACCGUGCCACAUAACCACCUGCUGGCUCUGGUUCGCCAUCCGCGGCGCCGUAGGUGUCGAGAUUCACUGCGGGUUCAGUUUCCCAUUCAGCCCCACCAAGCUUAUCCCGUUCUACGGAGGUGCAGAAUUCCAUGACUACCACCAUCACUAUGGAGGAAAAUGGAACCACAGUAACUUGGCUCCUUUGUUCACCUUUUGCGACUAUAUAUAUGGGACGCAUAGAGGUUACAGGCACCAUAACGAAAAGAUAAUAAAGGAUACCGCCAAUAUUACUUUCGAGAAUGAAGGGUUUGAUGGAUCCAAAAGAUGGAGACAAGACUAGAGUGUAUCGGCAAGACCACCUCUCAUCAUGAUGCUGUGAUUGCCUGAAAUAUCUUGAGUCAUCUCCCCUGCAACACGACAUACCAGGCUCAAAUUCAAGUGAACUCGUCGAUGUUAGUCUGACGCCGUAUCCACUGGCUACUCUUCUGUGGUGCUAGAGGUAUGAUUCAGCAGGCGCUGUGUACACAAGGUACUCCAAGAUGAUUUAGGAAGGUUGUGACUUGUUUCUUGACCUCAUGGUUUUGUGCUGCUGUGGGCGCUUUUGCAAAUUCUGUAUUGAUCAACUCCAAUGGCUUUACCGGUGGCAUCGUUCUUGGUUGGCGUGUCGUCUGUUUUUCGCUUGUACCGGGUCACCGGUGGCCCACAUAUUCUGAAACAGGACACCAUUUGUUGAUGCAUUAAAGGAAGUACUGUUUUAUGAAUGGACACAACAACUUCAGCUUCUAAA